AUGUCUGACAUUGUGCCAGCACAGAACGUGCUCGCACUCAUCCAGAGCCUUCGGCUCACGCCGCCACGCCUCAUCCUCUCGCCCCCGACGCAGCCGCGCCGCGCGUCAGUCGCACUCAUUAUCCGCAUGAAGCCUGCACCAAGCCUCGUGUUCGAAGGCGCAGUCCCGGAUGGGUAUGCUGGUCCCGUGGUACCGCAGGAGGAGUUUGGCGUCGGCAUGCAGUUUGACGACUUUUUGCGGCUUGAUUGGGUCAACCACCCAGACACCGUCCCCGAGCUCCUGUUCAUCCGCCGUGCGCCUGCGGGUACCGGUGGUAGCCGGUGGAGCAGCCACAUUGCGUUUCCCGGUGGGCGACAGGAGCCGUCAGAUGACAGCGCCGUUUACACGGCACUCCGUGAGACGUGGGAGGAGAUCGGGAUCGAUCUCGCAGAGUCCAACUUUGUCCAGGUGGGCCGUCUUGACGAGCGAGAAAUCACGACGUCGCUCGGCAAGCGCCUUCUCAUGAUUCUGUCUCCAUUUGUGUUCCUCCAGACCUCGCCAUUCUCGCCAACGCCCGAGCUCCAGUCGUCCGAGGUCUCGACGGUUCACUGGAUCCCCAUGUCGUCGCUCACCCCGCCAUUCGACCCAGGCCAGUGGGCGUACAUCGACAUUGACAUCAGCACGCGCCUGUCGCCCCGCAACCAGCUUGUGCGGUGGGCGUUGCGCGGUCUCGUUGGCCAGAUGCAGUUUGGGUGCAUCCUUCUGCCUGACGAGCCAAACUACGUCGCCGAGGGCUUUGACCUAAGCAUGGAGUUUGAAGAACCGCCGGAGGGCGGGAGCGGGACGUGGUUCGAUGUCAAGAGCGGGCAGCGUCUCUUGCGUCUCUGGGGCCUCAGUCUUGGCAUGAGCCUCGACCUCGUUGCCCACUGCCCGAACCAGGAGAGCAACUCGCGCCUCCUGACACCUGGCUCGCCGACAAUCGGCCGCUUCCGCUCCGACUCGACGGGUAGCUCGCCAACUCGCUCAACCAUCUUUGGACCCCGCACGCCUGUGACUGUCAACUCGACAUUCGACCAGCAGUGGUUCCCAAGUGACGCAAGCACGCCAGGCGCGCGUACGACUACGGCGAUGGCGGACUCGCACUCGAAGGCCAAGCGCAAGCCGAGCGUCCAGAUCAUCGAGAAGCGCCGCCGCGGUGUCGGCCCAGGAGUGACUGCCGUCUUCCCGCGCUUCUCGUACCCGGACGUCAACUUUUGGAUCUGGGUCUUUGGCCGCCGCUACCGCCAAGUCGUGCGCAGCUGGGAAGAGAGUGUGCAUGGCCCAGACCGCGCCGCGGACCGGCGCACCAACUGGUCUGGCGCAGCCCUGAGCACAUUCUACCAGGCUGUACGGCACGCGCUCGUGGUCGCAAUCAUCAUCCGCGGCCUGGCGACACUGGGCGGCAUUGCCGGCCUGACGUGGUGGAUCCUGCGUACGGUCAAGGUCGGCGGCGAGCUGUAA